AUGUUAUCGUCCAAAUUGUCAAAUUAUCUAACAUUGUUCCUAAUUCUUUUUUGUGUAUCAUUAACACCAGCUCUUGCAGUCAAGAAUACGUACAUAGUGUACUUGGGAGAGCACUCUCAUGGUCCAGGAGUAACAUCUGCUGAUCUUCAUAGUGUAGUAGAUUCUCAUCAUGAGUUUCUUGGUUCGUUUUUGGGAAGUAAAGAGAAGGCUAAGGAUGCCAUCUUCUACUCAUAUAAAAGACACAUAAAUGGUUUUGCUGCUGUCCUUGAAGAUGACCAAGUGGAGGAGAUUCAGCGGCAUCCGAGUGUGAUCUCUAUUUUCUUGAAUAAAGCUAGAAAACUACACACAACUCAUUCAUGGGAAUUCAUGAUGCUGGAAAAGAAUGGCGUCGUUCAUCCAAGUUCCCUGUGGAAGAAGGCUCGAUUUGGCCAAGACAUUAUUAUCGCGAAUCUUGAUACAGGUGUUUGGCCUGAAUCAGAGAGCUUUAGUGAUGAAGGGUUCGGACCAAUUCCUUCAAGAUGGAAAGGGAUUUGUCAAAAUGACAACACCACUGCUGGUUUUUCUUGCAAUAAAAAGCUUAUUGGAGCAAGGUACUUCAACAAAGGCUACAUUGCGAGCGGAGGAAAUGUAAGCGCUUCAAUGAACACAGUACGUGACUAUGAUGGUCAUGGCUCUCAUACUUUAUCAACUGCUGCUGGAAACAUAGUCCACGGAGCGAGUGUACUUGGUGUGGCGAAUGGGACAGCAAAGGGAGGUUCUCCUCAUGCCCGAGUGGCUGCAUACAAAGUUUGCUGGCCACCUGUUGAUGGUGCAGGAUGUAUGGAUGCCGACAUUCUCAAAGCCUUCGAUACAGCCAUACACGACGGGGUUGAUGUGAUAUCUGUGUCGCUUGGUGGAACGCCUUCUGAUUACUUAGAGGACGGGCUCGCCAUUGGUUCGUUCCAUGCUGUCAAGAAUGGUAUAGUUGUGGUUGCCUCAGCUGGUAAUGAUGGACCUGAUUCUGGAACUGUCACAAAUGUUGCUCCCUGGAUUAUAACAGUAGCAGCAAGCACCCUGGAUCGCAAUAUACAAAACAGUGUUCAACUGCAAAAUGGAUUGAUCUUAAAGGGAACAAGCCUUUCGAAACCAACCACGCCCAAAGGAAAUUUCUAUCCAUUAAUCAGUGCUGCACAAGCUAAAGCUGCCAAUGCAUCGACCCAUGAUGCGAUAAGGUGUAAGAAAGGAACAUUGGAUCCAAAGAAGGUGAAAGGCAAGAUAUUAGCCUGCCUCAGAGGAGAGACCGCGUUAAUUGAUAAAGGGCAUCAGGCAGCUCUAGCUGGUGCUGUGGGAAUGAUCCUUUGUAACAAUAAGACUACUGGCAGCGGAAUUUUCGCCAUCCCUCAUGUCCUUCCAGCGAUACAUGUCAAUUAUACAGAUGGCGUUCAAGUCUUUAACUACAUCGCUUCUUCUAAAGAUCCUCGUGCGUAUAUCACAACUCCUGAGACAGUGUUGCGCACAAAGCCGGCUCCAUUCAUGGCUUCAUUCUCUUCUACUGGUCCUAAUUCUGUAACUCCUCAGAUUCUCAAGCCUGAUGUUACUGCACCAGGAGUGGAUAUCAUAGCUGCAUAUAGUGAAGCAGCAAAUCCUACAGAGGAAGACUACGAUAAGCGUAAGACUAGCUUCAACAUGAUUUCUGGAACCUCAAUGUCUUGCCCCCAUGUUGCUGGUGUAGUAGGCCUUCUCAAGAGUCUCCAUCCUGAUUGGAGUCCCGCCGCCAUUAGAUCCGCUAUUAUGACUACAGCCAGAACAAGAGACAAUACUGGUAAUCCGAUGCGUGAUGAAACGGAGAAAGACAAAGCGACACAAUUUAAUUAUGGUGCAGGACACAUGCGCCCAAACCGCGCCAUGAAUCCUGGCUUGGUCUAUGACUUGACAGUGAAUGACUACUUGGACUUCCUUUGUUCACUUGGUUACAACCAAAAGAACAUUACAAAAUUUUCAGGAACAGGAUCAACUUAUAACUGUCCCAAGAAGCAUGGUCUUAAUCUCUUGGAUUUCAACAAUCCUGCAAUAACAAUUCCUAAUAUCUCUCCCUCAGCUCCUGUCACCAUCACUCGCACGCUCAAAAACGUCGGUAGCCCUGGCGUAUACGCUGCCCACGUUCGUCUGCCACGACGAAUGUUUUCAGUUUCUAUAGAGCCGAGCGUCUUGAUGUUCGAUCAUGUUGGACAAGAGAAGAGCUUCAAGUUGACAAUUGAAGUUAAAGAUGCUAAGGCAGUAAAAGAUGAAUAUGUGCCCGGGGAGUUGCUAUGGACUGAUCGCCUUCAUUACGUGAGAAGUCCGAUCGCAGUGGCUUCUCUGAGUGACAUUAAGAAGCCUUAG